GGGUUAGCCGGUUAGGGUUAAGUUUAUAUAUAACAAUUGUGUUUCUCCUUUCCUUUCUUCUUAUAGAUCCACUACCCACAAACCCUACAAACCAUCUUCUCAAAACCAUCCACUCCAUUUCCACCUUCCAUUCCUCUCUUUCUCUACCACUGCAUGCGCCAUGGAUUCCGGAAACAGUGGAAGCUUACAGUCCUCAAGCGCCGGCGAGGAUGACUAUGACUUCACCGGUCCAAACACCGGCGUCACCACCUCCAUCCAUGCACCAACACCACCACUACCACCACCAUCCUCCUCCUCCUCCACCUCCCUCUUUGACACUUUCACCUACUUUGAAUCCUUCCCAAGAUCCCCACCACCCACCGCCGGCAACACCAACACCACCACCACCACCUCGACCACCAACCCUUUACUCAACCUUGAACCCUCUUGGCCUCGUCCUCUCCGGCCACCAUUCAACCCAAACUCCACCACCGACAUCACCGGCUUUAUAAACCCAUCAUCCUCAUCCUCAACCACGCCAGUGCAACCACUCCAACCAGACCCUCCUUCACGUGUCUCCAAGAAACGAUCCAGAGCUUCACGCCGUGCUCCGACCACCGUCCUCACCACUGACACCUCCAACUUCCGUGCCAUGGUACAAGAGUUCACCGGCAUCCCCACUGCUCCCUUCUCCUCCUCCACCUCCACAACCACCAGCACCUCUCGUUCUCGCCUGCCUCGUUAUGACUCUCCUUAUCUCCUUAGACCCUUUGCUCAUAAACCCCAUCCUACCAGCUUUCUCUCUUCUUCUUCUACUUCUCCUCUUCUUGAUCCUCCUGCUUCCACUAGUAGUGCUAAUGUUGCUUCUUCAAAUCAACUGAGUCAUGAUCAUCAUCAUCUGAGUGCAGCCAGCAUGCAAAACCAAGUGCUCAACUUCCAGUCCUUGUUACAGUCUCCGAUCACCAACCUUCCCUCUUUCAUGACUAGUAAUAAGUCUGAUCAGGUGAACUAUGGUGUGACUCAUAAUGUUGUUGGCCAAGUUGGUGGGAAUUUAUCAAACCUUGUUGGAAGCUCAGAGGCCAUGCACUCUGCUUGCUCUGAGUUUCAUUCUGAGAAGGCUUCUGAUGCUGCCCGGCCUCCUCGGACUCAAGGCAUGGUGGAUUCUUGGAUUUGUUCUUCUGAUUAAUUACUUAUUUUUGUAAGUUUAAUUAUACUGUUAGUAGAAGAAGAAGAAGAAGAACGAAAGACGAAAGACGAA